AUGGAUCAAACGUACAGAUCACUUGCAGACUGCAUCCUUAGCAAGUGGGAGGAAAAGAAAGCAAAAGCCGCUACCGCCAACGGCACCAAGAAUUCGACUCCUCGCCUCAUAGUUGCAGUAGCAGGCCCUCCCGGCUCCGGAAAGACAACAAUAGCCAACAAGGUUGUCGACAUUAUCAAUUCUUUACCAUCAAAGAGCCCCAAAACUAUUGUGGUAUCUGCCGACGGAUUCCAUCUUCCACUUGCCACUCUGCGAAAAUUACCCAAUGCUUCGGAAGCUCUUGCUCGCCGGGGAGCGCCCUGGACGUUUGACGGCCAUGCCGCAGUGAGCCUGGUUCGAAAGCUCAAAACAAGCACACGCGCCCAGCCGGUUCUCGCGCCCACUUUUGAUCAUGCAAUCAAAGAUCCAGUGUUAGAUGGAUUACUCAUAGAGGAGGACGUGGAUAUCUUGUCGACGACAAGUGGUUUGUCCAUGUGGAACCGGAUUUGGCCUGCAGGCGGGUUGCAUCACGGCAUCUUGCAGCUGGGAUUGAAACAACAAUGGAAGGAGCAGUUCAUCGAGCGAAAACAAAUGAUCUGGUGA